AUGAUCGCUGUCAAUCAGCCGCGCAUCAUCUUGCAGCUCCUCGCAGUGAAUGUGCACUGAUCGAUAGCAAAACAUCCAUCUCUCUCCUCUUCCUGCAGUCAACGGCCGCUCCACUCUCUCGCGGCACUGCCAGCACAUACCGACACCUGUUUCGCUCUUCACUCGCGCCCAUAUUCCCGCCGUCUUGCCCGCUGCCGCUGCCUGCAUGCAUACGUCCUCCCGCUCCGCCACGAUUAUCCCCGCGGACCACACGAGCACACGACCCACGAACACCGAUACCGCAUUCCACGACCUCACGAAUUGACACGAGACUAUGAACGCCGCAAUCUUCACUGUAGAGCGCGUCACUGAACUACGCGCACCCGAAGUGCACUGAUGGAUAGAGCGCAUUCGUAUUCGACAUGCCUGUGCCGACCCUGUCCUUCUUGCUGGGGCUAGUAGUCGUCGGCUAUCUCUUCACGUUCGUCGUCUUUGCCGUUCUGCGCAUCGUCACUGGUGUCUCCAUACAGCGGGUGGGUUAUUCGGGCUUCCGACGCAUCGCCUUCUCUCCGCGGAAUGGCCUCAAGAUCAACAUUCGCGGCAUUGGUCUGUCUGUUCACCGCCCGACAUUCGCCCUGCCAACAUGGUGCAGCUUGGUCAUUACGGAGUUAGUGGUCACGGUAGAUUUGAGAGCAUUGGAUGAGACUCGACGGAGACAUGGCGCCGAAGGAGAGAAGAAAGAACGGCCUAAGACGCCGGUAGACCAGCAGGAUGCAGAUGGGCAUGGUAAGCUGUGGAGGCAGCUGACGGAAGUCAAAGAGAAGAUCAAGAGGCUGCAUCGACAAAUUGGGUGGCUGAGGCUGUUUGAUCUGAUCGCAACAGCAGUGACGCUGAACGUCGUGGGAGUCGGAUCUGUCCGGAUGGAGCGCUUGACCAUGUCGGUGGACACGAGAUCGCAGACAGUGGACCGGAGCAGGCUAUUCCAGCACCACAAGCACCGACCGGAUACGCAAUGUCCUGCCGAGUGGAAGGCUUUGAUCAGGAGCGUGCUGUUCACUCCGGAAGGCCGAGACUCUACUGAGGUGCUCGACUACUGCACGGUGAACAUACACGGAAUGCUACAUCGUGACCGGGAGGGUCUGCGUGAUGCGUCUAUCGCACUCAAGCUUGGACGUGUAAACGUGCCGUACGAUGACAUCGAGCAUGCCAAGCGGUUGGCGGAUCUGCUUCGCGGCAGAUAUGCUCAACCACAAGGCGACAGGCGCGGCUCGAGCGAUCACCUGGCAGCUGUUGUGGGUGAAUUGGACGAUCCUGGGAGUCGCGACAAUCACAUCGUGCGCGCUGUGUCCGAUUCCCGAGCUUUCAUCGCCUCCGUACUUCGAGGGAUUCAGGAAGUGCAGUUCGCCGUAGGUUUCGUCGGCCUGUCUAAGAAGUUGUCCAUCAAAGCCCACGGCGACAGAAACGUCUAUUUCAACUUCGCAAUGAAGGAACUGGGCUUCGAUAUUCUGCGGUUGGAUCCUAAGAGUCCAGCGCACAGGAUGUACUUCUCAACCAAGGAUGUCGCACAUCAAGGUCUCCUGACAGGCAUCGCAAUUGCUGCGGGCAUUGACGAUGGUCUUGAACACCCGGAACGCAUGCUAUAUGUGCCUAUGAUCACUGCAACAGUCAAGACAACGCUCCCUUCGCGUACCAUUCAAGCUACCAGAGAUGACGGGCCUACUGAUCGCAAUACUAAUAUGCUUUACGCCAACUUUGUCUGCACCUCUCCUUCAGUGGAUUUGGACCCGAAGCAUUUGCCACUGGUCCGUGAGAUAUUGAAACGAAGAUCCAGACGCCCUCAACACGAUCAACCUUCGUCGACACAUCACCACAUGAUAUCCCAGCUGUUGCCCAAGGCACAUGUCAAGUUCUCUGUGCAGGAGCCAGUUCUCCGUAUAUCGCUACCUCCCAUGGACAAAGCUAAUGCCGAAGAGGGCGAUUUUGACCUGCUGAUAUCCUCUGUAUCCUCUGUUGCAUGGGAGUGCGAGUCAUCACAUGCGACCGAUGGUCGCCUGCAUUAUAGCUUGAACUCCUACUAUCGCCAUUCCAGACACAAGCUAUACUACCAGAGUGCAGCUGGAGACAGACACGAUCUUCUGCAGAGCGACUUUGUGGAAGUACAGGUAGACGUCAAUGCCAUUCCAGACGUUUCGGUCAUUGCUUCCGGGCGAGCACAAUCGUACACUGUCUUUCUGGUCCGCCCGGACAUAUGCGAAGGCGUGCGCCAAGUCGUCCAACAACUCCGGCGGAAUGUACUCGCGAGCAAUCCCACUGGCAGCAAAGCACAAGCAAGUUUUUUGCGUCGGGCGCCAAACUGGCUGCAACAAUUCAAAUUCGAAGGUUCUGACUUUGGUUUGGAGCUUGCGGGAGUUGACGAGCAAGUCUCGAAGGAUUCGCGUGGUUUUGGCCUACAGCUGGAAUCGUGGGCGAUAGAGUACAAAUCCCAACGAGACGAUGCGUCGGUGACCUCGGACCCAACCGAUCGUCGAAAAUCAAUCAUCAGGACACCUAACAAGGACAAAUCAUCAAAGCAUGGCGAGCAUCAUUCACAUCGCAAGCGCUAUCACAGCUAUGCUGAUGGCCGUCGGCUCACAUUUCAUAUACAAAAUCUCGAGGGUCUUAUUGUCGAUUCCAUCGAAAACUCAGAAUCCGAGUCUUUCCUAUCGGUGCCGCGAUUCGAGGUUGCCUUUUCUACAUCGACGGAUGCCCAGGGGCCCAUAUUCCAUGUCAAUUCUUUCGCAAAGAGUAUCCUGUUGCAAUACUCUCUAUACAACCACUUCGCCAUUGGCGUUGCUGCCACCGUGAUUAAGAAGACUUUCUUGGAUCGCGGGGAGGACAAGCCGCCCAUCCCAGGUCUUAGUCGAGCACAAAGUGGAGGUCUGUCUGUGGCUGACCCUCAACUUGUAGAGCUUGCCGGUCGCGAGAUCACUGCGAUCGAUUUUAAAGCAAGCUUGCUUCAGAUAAAAGCGAAGACACCCGCCGACCCUCCAAUGAUGUUACAAAUCUGCUACCUCGAAUGUGGCCGGCAUCGAUGGUCUUCGCCUUUUCUGCGCACUAAAAACGCACGGCUAUAUGUCAAGGCUCCCGCGACAAGGACUGCGUGGAGUCGCGUUGUCAUCGUCAAAAUACUUCGCCUCGAUCUGCGCGAUGUGCGGCGGAAAGUUGGCAAGAACACGUUGAGCGAGAAGUCCAUCGAUGUCGCAUCUGAAGCCAUCAGGAUAUCCAUACCGCAUUCACUCGAAGUGCACGCAAUAUUUGACAACAUCACGAACAUUGUGAAGACAUCAAAGCAGAUGCAACACCAUUUCCGGACAGGUACGAAUGACUACAUCCUCGCCAAGGAGCCCGAAGGCCCCAAGCACGUUCCUCGGAUCACCGUGCGCAGUCAGAUCUUCCUGUUUGAUAUCGAAGAUAGCCUUUUCGAAUCCAAACUCGGGGCUAUCUAUCGCGCAGGGCUGCUAGAGCAAAAGCAGAGGCUUGCCCGGGAGGAAGCGUUCGAGCUGAAGAAGAAACGUCUAUCUCGAAGCAAGCAGAAAGGAUCGUCGAGGCUUCGAGCACAGUCUGCUCAGAUCGGACAUUCUUCGCGCUCGAGGUCUCGCAACCGGCAACCCAAUCCUCCCAAGCGCAGUCAAAGCAUAGAGGGCGAGAGACUUAGUCCUAGAGAUAGCUAUCGCCACAGGCGUGGCCGCAGCAUGCGCUACGACGCAGAGGGAAAAUGCGGCAUCAGCGAGUCCGCUGCUGUCUCGAUCGACAAAGCACGGGAGAAGCUGGACAUCUACAACGCGCAGUCGUGGAAAGCUCGCAUUGAUCGCGUAAAGACCUUCCAGAGCCAUGCUAUCAAGGAGAUUCGCAAACUGUUCGGCGUGUCGGAUGACAUUGACGAUGUGGACCAGAGUGAGCCUAUCCUUUCAUGGAGUAGGCGGCCGGGUCUGGCAGUGGUCGCAAUCACGGAUCUGGGCAUUACCGUCGAUAAGCCGACCUUUCCCAUUGAGGAGUACUCGAAAUUCCUCCAUAGUGUCGGCAAGGGCAUGCCACGAAACAUGGAAUAUGGUCUUUUGAUCCCCAUGAAUGUGCACCUCACGAUGGGCGAGGCACGCGUACAGCUGCGCGACUACCCCUUGCCUAUGCUUCACAUCCCAACAUUGGCGGCUGGUCAGUCCGCUCGACUACCCGCGAUGUCAGUACGAACAGAUUUUGUGAUCGCCGAAGAAUUUCGUGAUGUCGAGUCGCAGCGCAGUGUCACUGUGCAGGUCGUGCCUCCCGACAAAAUGCAGGCCGGCGCAAAGGGCUUUUCCAUUGAUGUUCAACGCACCAUUUCCGCUGUCAAGACGUAUUCUGACAUCAAAAUUGAGAUCAAUACAAGCAAUCCGACAAAAAUAUCUUGGUCAACAUCGUAUCAGCCUGCCAUUCAAGACACGAUGCAGGUCAUUGAGAAUUUCACGAAGCCGCCAGUCGAUCCCUCAGAUCGCGUUGGCUUCUGGGACAAGAUACGCCUGUCCUUCCACUCUCGAAUUAAUGUUGCCUGGAAAGGUGAUGGCGAUGUCCACUUCCUCAUCAAGGGGUCUAGGGAUCCUUACGUUGUUACUGGCCAAGGCGCUGGUUUGGUAAUGGUUUGGCGGGACAAUGUCAAUUGGAACAUUGCCCAGCACAGCGAUCCUCGCAAGUUCUUCACCGUCGACAGCGGCGAGUACAUUCUCGCUGUGCCUGACUUCUCCAACUACGCUCGUCAUUCGCAAGAGCUGGAGAAUCUUGACGAUGGUAGCACAUCGAGCUCGAGCAUCACGAAGAACAACGCCCACUUCAAGAAGGUCGUCAUGAAGCUUUCAGGCAAGGUCACAUGGCUUGCCGGACUCAUGUUUGAGCGCGACGUUGGAGACGGCAAACGAAGCUUCAAGUUCAAACCGCACUACGAUGUUGUGCUGAAACAUCCAGAUUUUGCUAAGAACGGCCCGAAUGGCGAAGAGUAUGAUGCCUUCCGCGAUUUCAGGAGCCACCACAUCCACAUGUCGAUCGCUGUCUCUGCGCCCCAUGAUCGAGAUUGGUCAGUCAACAACCUCAAGCCGUCGAACAACUACAAUUCGGUCCAUCUCACCCCUCGCUUCUUUUCUCACUUCUACAGCUGGUGGUCAAUGUUCUCUGGCGUCAUGUCCUUGCCAAUCAAGCAAGGACCGCUGUGGGGCAUCCAAGAGAAGAAGAGUAAGAAGUUCGGUCGUCAUAUGGCCACGAUCAAGUACAACUUGCUGCUGUCGCCAUUGUUCAUCAGCCAUGUCUACAAACACAAAGACGCCGAAGACUACGCAUCGCAGUCCGUCUCUGCUACUGGACUCAAGAUGCGACUGGACAGUUUCAUGUUGGAUCUGCAUCAAAGGCGAGAGUAUUUCGAUCUGAAAGGUAAAGAGGGCGCUCGCGCCAAGACAACAAGUGGUAUGCGCAUCAACUCGGCACAGCUCGACUUCAUCUCGGCCGAUUUGCGUGCUCUGUCUGCUGCCAUAGUAGGCACCAGAGCAGAAGACAUCGAAAAGGCCAAUGACGAAACGCUUGCCUCGCUCCACGGGCAAGUGCCUUUGGUGGACAUGUCGAAGUUCGAUAUCCCAGACAAUGAUUUCUCCUGGAUCGAUAUGGAUGAUUUUGUAGAGCUGGACUGGAUCCUCCCCGCCGAGGCUGACCCAGAAACAAAGAUCUUACCUUUGGGGUACGCCCCGCGAUUCACUUAUUUCCGGCAAACAGACCACAACGGCACCAUUGCCGGGGAUCCAUCGCGGACGAGUCCAUUUGGCGAAGAGCCAACUCAUUACUGUGUCAUGUCGCAGAAAAACGAUCCACGACGCGUCCAGGCCGAACUCAUCGAGCGUCGACUGACGUUGAUCAAAGAAAAGCAAGAACAGAACACAAGGACACUGGGCGAGCAAGAAGUUUUGUUGGUACGGGAGAGUUCCCAAAACAAGGAGGCGGUGGAAGCAUUACAAGCGAAAGUAGACGCCUUGAGGAAUCACACGAAGUCCUUAGAAGGCAAACACCAAUUCCUUCAAAACAUUCUCGACGAACUUCUUCAACGACUGAAUGACGAAGAUCCUUCGGCAGUUCCUGAUCUGGAAACCAGCGAGAAGUUCUUCGAAGCGCAUGAAAAUCCUUACGCCAACACUUCUGAUCCUGCGCACGUCGACGGAGCUCCCCUAGCGGACUACACUAGCGAUUUCAACAACCGCUUCAUCGUGCACAAUGCGCAGAUUAAAUGGAACAAUUCGCUCAGGAACAUUAUCUUGCGCUAUAUUCAUCAGAAUGGUCAAAGGCGUGGUUUUGUAUACUACAUGUCACGCCGCGCAGUCAAAUUCAUUCUGGACGUGCUCGAAGAGCGGAAGAAUGGCGACAGUCCAUCGACACCAAAGCGGCAGAAGUCGUACGCCACACAGUACAGAGUCAUGUCGCCGGACGCGGAUGACGAUGAGACCGUCCAGGACCGCAUCGACGAGCUGCUUCGCGAUGGUCGUAGUUUUGUCGACGCUGACGAGGCGGACAAGCUCGAUCGAUGGACGACCAAUGGUACUGGUGGACCAAUGGAUGACAUUGCUAUGGAGUUUGCUGCGCUCAACACGUAUCAUUUCCGCCUGAUCGCUCCGCAAGUCCAGCUGCAAAGCGAAAAGAACCCCAAAUCGGCUGUACUCGUCACGGCUAAGGGAAUGCAGUUGAAAGUCAUCCAAAUCAUGGAGAAGGACAAAAUCGACGACGACGUCAGUGGUCUGGUACAACGACGCUUCAAUGCUGCCGCAGACAGUGUGCAGAUGUUUGUUACAAGUACCAAGAACUUCUCUACCGAAUACUUGCACUUCUACUCUGCCAAUCGAUAUGGUGUCAAAGCUGGUACAUAUUGGCCUCCGUGGGCUCCGAUGGAAAUCAUGUUCGAAUUCCAAACAAAUCCUUACGGAUUCAAUCGCGUUGUGCAUAGGACGUCAGCAAGCUUGCGAUACGACAAGUACAACCAACUGCGUCUCAAAUACAACGAUGACAUCUCUGGUGGCGAGCCAACCACAGCUGAGAGUGCAGAAGAGGCCGAAACCCGCAUGGAUCACGUUUGGCUGGAGUUCCCACAGUUCCGCGCCAUAUGCGACUCGACGCAGUACUUCGCAAUGUACGUGAUCGCCAUGGAUCUUCUGCUAUACAAUGAGCCUCUUGAGAAGACUAGAAGCGAACGACUUGAGAAGAUCAUGUUGGCGUCCGACUUCAGUGAUUUGACCGGCGCCCCUGAGAUGGUGCAAAUGCUGCAAGAACGUAUCAGGCAACUUGAGGAGAUCAAGAUGCACUUCCAGGUCAAUGAGAAAUUCCUCGAUCGCCAAGGCUGGAAGGACAGAAUUAAGCUGGAUCAAGAGCUAGCCAGUUGUGAAGACGAGCUUUUCUUCAUGAUGAAAGCUAUUACCACUUCUCAGCAACAUGUCGAGGAGCGCAGAGAGCCGGAGAAUAGUAGCGGCUUCAUGCACAUCCACAUCGCAUCUCGCGAGAUCGCAUGGCACCUGAUUCAAGAAAUGGGCGAAUCGCUCAUCGAAUUGCAGCUCAAGGAUGCUAGCUUCGAUCGGACUGACAAUUAUGAUGGGUCGAACUACAAUAGCGUGGAGAUCACUCGCAUCAAUGGCUACAAUCUGCUGAAGGAUGCGAUCUAUCCUGAGAUCAUAUCACCCUUCACGGACGAGGGCAAGGGCGGUCGCAGGCUGCGCGACGGCAAAAUGCUACGUGUUCAAUGGCUGAUGCUUGAAGCUAUUGCCGGCAUACCUGUUGUGGACUACUUUGAAGUCGAUCUGGUGCCGCUGAGAUUGCAGAUAGAGCGAGAUGUCGCCAAGAGGAUAUUCGAGUACAUCUUUCCCGGCGUGGGAGGUAGUGCCUUCGACGGAGGCUUCUCGCCAUUCAUGGUCAAGAACAUGCUGCCUGCGGAAGAUGGAAAGGACGAGGAGGCUGAGCGGGAGACUACUCCACAGUCAUCAUUCGAGUCAACAAUCACGGACCACGUUGAUAUGCAAAGCGAUCCCAACGGCCCAGGCUCUCUGGAUGCACGAUUGAAGCCUACUUUGACCUUGACCAAGCACAAGAAGACAAAGUCCGAGACCAAGGGUCUAGGCAUCUCCAACGCCAAUCAUCACGGCCUGCAUGCUCUGACGAUCUUCCAACACUCCGACAAAUCCACUCGAAGCAGUCCCGGUGCGAGAUCUCCUGCAUCUCGCAGCGCUCUGUCACAAUCGAACCUCACGCCAGCACGAACGCCUAGUCAGCGCUCAUUGUCCACGAUGCAUAGUACUGCCGAUAGCGACGACCGUGACAGCAAGUAUGAGAAGAGCAAGCGACUCGCAGCGGCAUACCAGAAAGCCAGUGAAGACAAGAAGAAGAAAGAAAAGGAGAAGGAAAAGGACGGCCCUACUGAUGAUCUGACGCAGAUGAUGAGCAGAGCUUCGAACUACAUGACACUUGCUUAUGUCAAGAUCCCAAGCAUGGUCCUUUGCUUGUCGUACAAAGGCCAAGGGAAGCGUAAUAUCGAAGACGUGCACGAUUUGGUCUUCAAGUUGCCAACACUCGAAUAUCGCAACAAGACAUGGUCAAAUCUCGAUCUGGCCAUGCAGCUCAAGAAGGAUGUUGUUCGAGCGCUGAUUAGUCAUGCUGGAGCGAUCGUCGGCAACAAGUUCAGUCACCACAAGCCAAACAAGCAAGUCACAUCGAAGCUGAGAGAGCUGGCGAACAGAAGCACGUUCAUGAGUGCCAACAGCAGCCAGGCCGCGUGGGCUGGUGGACAAAGUGGGACAGUCGACUGGACAACAACAACGAGCUCCGAGACAAGCAGCUUCAUGGAAAACAGUAUGGCAGAUGCAUCUGGUCGACCGUACAGUGCGAGACCUGCAAGCAGCCAUGUCGCUCGGAGCAUGAGCUACUCUUCCUACGACGACUCCAGUCCUGAACUGCGCUUCUCCGAGGACGGCGCCAGAAGCUUCAUGACCAACGGCGAGAAUGGAUCAUCUAUCAAACCGCCGCCCUCGCAGCACGGAAAUAAUGCGUCGCCAAAGUCACUACCAGGUCUGCGACUCUCGCCACCGAGCGCGACCAAUACAGAUGACUCGCGCAAUCGUGCAGUCUCCAUCACGAGACAUCUGACUGGUCUGAGUGAUCGCCUGAAGCAAAAAUCUUCGACUUCAACGAGCUCGAAUAGCCAGAGUCACAAUAGUCUUCCUGUCGCUGCAGCCGAGCCCUCAGCUGAAGACGUCGAAGAGUCGAAGAGAAAGCGGAAUUUGCUUCUGGGACCGCAGAAGUUACUGGGGAGGUUGAGAGAUUAGAGAUGAGGAGAACCGGGGAAGUUUUCUUUUAUGCAUAGCGCGGGUUGUUUCUUUCAUGAGCGGAGACUCUUGUCUGGUUGGACAUGCUGAUACCCGCGACUUUCGCUUCGCUCUGAUUGUUUUUGAGUUACUUCUAGGGAUAGGAUCUGGUCUUUGGCAUGGGAAGAAGGUUGGAGGGAACAGCACCUGAGGCGUUUUCGACGUUUUGCUUCUUCCACGAAAAAGCCUGAUUGUGGUUUGUAUGGCUGCAUCGAAGCGACAGGGAACUUGUGUAUAGG